AUCACUCGGCCCAUGCAGAGAAUAGCCCGCUGAAGCCCAGGGUCGUGACUGUGGUGAAGCUAGGGGGGCAGCCCCUCCGUAAGAUCACCCUGCUUCUCAACAGGCGGUCGGUGCAGACGUUCGAGCAGCUCAUAGCGGACAUCUCAGAAGCCCUGGGCUUUCCCAGAUGGAAAAAUGAUCGUGUGAGGAAACUGUUUAACCUCAAGGGCAAGGAAAUCAGGAGUGUUUCUGAUUUCUUCAGAGAAGGGGAUGCUUUCAUAGCCAUGGGCAAAGAACCGUUGACACUGAAGAGCAUUCAGGUGGCCAUAGAAGAACUAUACCCCAACAAAACCCGUGGGCUGACAUUGACCCAGCACAGCCGCGUCCCUUCUCCACGGCUGAGGAGCAGGCUUUAUAGCAAGGCUCCAAAAGGGGACCACCACUGUGGGGAGUCUGAGACUGCCAAGAGCUGCAGUGAGGCUGCAGGGUGCAAGAUGGUCAUCAGGCACCAGGGAAAGACCCCCGUGGAGCUGGUGCUGGAGGACAGGGCAAGGGCGCAGAUGAAGAGGGCGAGGGGGAAACAGGAGCCUGAAGCCGGUAACAAGCCGUCCGGGGAAGCCACUCUGGAGGAGAGGCAUGCAAAGGGAGAGAAGCACCUGGGGGUGGAGAUUGAAAAAACCUCUGGUGAAAUUAUCAGAUGUGAGAAAUGCAAGAGAGAGAGGGAGCUCCAGCAGAGCCUGCAGAGGGAGAGGCUCUCCCUGGGGACCAGUGAGCUGGACAUGGGGAAGUGCCCCAGGUACGACGUGGAGAAGCUGGUGAGGACGCGAAGCUGCAGGAGGUCUUCCGAGGCAAACCUUGUGGGCGAGGAGGAAGGGUGGAAGGGUGACAGCCACAGGAGCAGCCCCAGGAACCCCACUCAAGAACUGAGAAGAUCCAGCAAGAGCACGGACAAGAAAGAGGACAGAGACCCGCAGGGUCAGGAAAGCCAUCCCCAGGGGACAGCCAAGGCCAAGAGGGACCUCGGGGAAGUUCUAGCAGUCACAGAGGAGGGGCCGCGGGAAGGGAAGAAAGACACGAGGCACGCUUGCAGGAGCAAGCAUGGUGGCUGGCUCCUGAGAGAGCGCCAGGCUGAUGCCGAGAGGCUCCCCAGGACCCCGGGGGAGGAGAAGGAGGCAGAGAAGGAGAAAAAGCCGGGGGCGCCAGCGGUGAGAAAGACGGCCCUCAGAGAUGAGCAGCCUGCGAGGGCAGAAAGGGAGCCCAAGGCCAGACCGGAAGAGAGCCGGCCGGAGCGGCUGGGCGGCCGGAAGCCGCGGCCCGCGGGCGUCCUGGCGGCCGACGUGCAGAAGCACUACGAGACCGGCCGGGUGCUCGGCGACGGCAACUUCGCGGUGGUGAAGGAGUGCAGGCACCGCGCCACCAGGCAGGCCUACGCCAUGAAGAUCAUCGACAAGGCCCGGCUCAAGGGCAAGGAGGACAUGGUUGACAGUGAGAUCCUGAUUAUCCGGAGCCUCUGUCACCCUAACAUCGUGAAGCUGCACGAAGUCUACGAAACGGAAACGGAGACCUACCUGAUCCUCGAGUACGUGUCGGGCGGGGACCUUUUUGAUGCCAUCAUAGAAAGUGUGAAGUUCCCGGAGCCCGACGCUGCGCUCAUGAUCAUGGACUUAUGUAAGGCUCUUGUCCACAUGCACGACAAGAGCAUCGUCCACCGGGACCUCAAGCCAGAAAACCUUUUGGUGCAGCGAAAUGAGGACAAAUCUACCACUUUGAAAUUGGCUGAUUUUGGACUUGCAAAGCAUGUGGUGAGACCUAUAUUUACCGUAUGUGGUACUCCGACUUACGUAGCUCCCGAAAUUCUUUCUGAGAAGGGUUACGGACUGGAGGUGGACAUGUGGGCUGCGGGCGUCAUCCUCUACAUCCUACUGUGCGGCUUCCCUCCCUUCCGCAGCCCAGAGAGGGACCAGGACGAGCUCUUUAACAUCAUCCAGCUGGGCCACUUCGAGUUCCUCCCCCCGUACUGGGACAAUAUCUCCGAUGCUGCCAAAGAUCUGGUGAGCCGGUUGCUGGUGGUGGACCCCAAAAAGCGCUAUACAGCCCACCAAGUUCUUCAGCAUCCCUGGAUCGAAACAGGUGGCAAGACCAGCACAGUGAACCUACAAAAGGAAGUGUCCCCCAGCAGCGAGGGCCACUUCCGGAGCCAGCACAAGAGGAUUGCAGAGGAGACAUUGUAGUUACCACAUCAGGCAUCUGUUCAGCCCCCAGUUCUGCUCCAGGACAGAGAAAGUUUGAGAGAAAAAUAAUUAAAGGAGUUUCUUCACAUAAUUGGAAAAUCAGAGAGAGAGAGACACUCAGUAUAUUUUAAAGCCUAUUACAAAAGUAAACUGAGUUUUAAUGUUAAAUGUUGUAACAUAUUUUUAGAUUUGUAUAUUUGAAGCCUUUAAUGCAUUUUUUUUUGGGUAAAAAUUAUCAUCAGUGAGGAAUUUUGGUAAUAAUGAUGUGUUUUGCUUUCUCUUUGUAAUCAUGUUCAUGUUGUACCACAGGAGUGGUGCUUACCAGGGUCUAAACUCCCCCUGCGAGAUUAAUAAGGUGCACUGUGGUCUUCCUGUGUUAAUAAAACCUGCUCUGACUA